GAGAGAAGCGUGGGGUUGGCAUGGGGCAAUGUUUGAGGCAUCAGAUGCACUGGGAGGACUUGGAAGAAUACCAGGCCCUGACCUUCCUGACCAGAAAUGAGAUCCUGUGCAUCCAUGACACCUUCCUGAAGCUCUGUCCCCCUGGGAAGUACUACAAGGAGGCAACACUGACCACAGACCAGGUCAGCUCCCUGCCAGCCCUGAGGGUCAACCCUUUCAGAGACCGAAUCUGCAAAGUGUUCUCCCACAACGAUAUGUUCUCCUUUGAGGAUGUGCUGGGCAUGGCAUCUGUGUUCAGUGAGCAGGCCUGCCCCAGCCUGAAGAUCGAGUAUGCCUUUCGCAUCUAUGACUUUAACGAGAAUGGCUUCAUCGAUGAGGAGGACCUGCAGAGGAUUGUCCUCCGACUGCUCAACAGCGACGACGUGUCUGAGGACCUGCUGGCUGACCUCACAAGCCACGUCCUGAGUGAGUCAGAUCUAGACAACGACAACAUGCUAUCUUUCUCGGAGUUUGAACAUGCGAUGGCCAAGUCUCCAGACUUCAUGAACUCCUUUCGGAUUCACUUCUGGGGAUUUUGAUAUGGCCAUAUCUGAUCUGGCGGCUUCAAGGA